AUCUGGAGGACGAGGAUAACGAGAAACGAGAGCGGACCGAGGCGGACAUCGCUGGGCUUUAUCGUUUUUACUCCAAGCACCUGGAGAUACCCGACCACAAAGACCUGCUCCAUCUCUUUUCCCAGGUUGCUUGUAACGGCUUCACUGUAGAGGAUGAUGAACUUUCUCAGAUGGGUACUGCAAUCUAUCCUGACGUGGCGUUGAUAAACCACAGCUGCCUCCCCAGCGUCAUCGUCACGUAUAACGAAACGUCGGCCGAAGUUCGGGCGGUGCAGGACAUGAAACCAGGAGAUGAAGUGCUCAUCAGCUACAUAGACCUGCUUUAUCCAACAGACGACAGAAACAACAGGCUGAGAGAGUCCUACUACUUCACCUGUGACUGUCGGGAGUGCAGAAGCAGGUCCAAAGACAAUGCGAAGUUAAAAGUCCGUAAGCAGAGCGACCCCAUCGAGCCACAGGUCGUCAACAACAUGACGCGCUACGCCAGGAAUAAAAUCAGAGAAUUCCGGGCCCUGAAGCAUGUUAAAAGUCCCGCUGAGCUGCUGGAGAUGUGCGAACAGAGUCUGGACGAAAUGGGAGCCGUCUUUGACGACUCCAGCGUCUACAUGCUCCACAUGAUGUACCAGGCCAUGGGCGUCUGCAUUUACAUGCAGGACGCCGACGGAGCCAUCAGAUACGGCCAGAAGAUCCUCAAACCUUACAGCAAGCUGUAUCCACCGUACUCCCUGAAUGUUUCCUCCAUGUACCUGAAGAUGGGCCGGAUCUACAUGGGSGUGGAGAGGCACUCAGAGGCCGUCAGCGCGUUCAAGAAGGCGUUGGCUAUAAUGGAGGUGGCUCAUGGGAAGGAUCACCCCUACGUUAAAGACGUGCGUAAAGAGAUGGGCCAAAAAUGAAAAGAAAUGAAAUCAUGCAGCUGCUGUUGGACUACAGAACACUUGACCAUGGCGAUGACGUUGACCCCCUGCUCCCAGAUCAUCUGCCAGAAGUCGGCACAGGUGUUGGCAAGUGGGCCUUGUGUGGCGAUGUAGUGCCACUCCUCCCCUCUGAUCAUAACCUGGAAAAAUAAACAUCAAAAACAGCUUUUUUKGGGGGGAUAUUAAAAUUUUUAAAUCAAGAAAACACAUUUAGGAGAAAGGUUAUUUCAGUUCAACUGUAAUGAUCAUGAUCUUAUCCACCACUAGAGGGCAGCAUAGUAAGCUUUAUUUUAUUGAAUACAUUUUUUUGUUCUUUAUCUGCUUUUUUAAUUUAGUUCAACAUCCUGUUAAUAAAAAUAAAGUACCAACAUCAACAAACUCCUAACUUUGUUAUUACCUAAAGCUCAGCUGAUUCAUCAAGUCAAACUGUUAAAUGUAAACAGGAUGAAGAGAUGGAYACAGAACAAACAAGGACUUUUGUUCUAAAGGAAGAUAUCUUGAAAAAUGAUCAUUAAACAUUAUAAACUUGGA